GACCAGACCCAAGCCCGAGCCCGGAGGCAGCCACGAGUCAGAAGCCGCGCCUCUUGUCUCGCCGCGCCGUCACGCUCGCUCACCCCAAUCAGAGAGGAGGCGCCUCCCCCCACCCCCGCGGGCGAGCGACGGCGGCGCAGGGAGGAGAGAUGGUGGGGUGGCUGAAGGUGCUGGCGUACGGCGCAGGGGGCGUGGCGGUGGCGGGGCUGGCGGCGCUGGUGGUGCUGCAGGAGCGCCUCGUCUACGUGCCCGCGCUCCCGGGCCUGGCGCGCGCGUACCCCAUCACCCCGGCCCGCCUCCUCCUCGCCUUCGAGGACGUCUGGCUCCGCGCCACCGACGGCGUGCGACUCCACUCCUGGUUCAUCCGCCACUCCCCCACCUGCCGAGGUCCAACCAUUCUGUUCUUCCAAGAAAAUGCUGGCAACAUAGCUCAUCGUUUGGAAUUUGUUCGACUAAUGAUGCAGAAGCUACAGUGCAAUGUUUUUAUGCUUUCUUAUAGAGGGUAUGGUGAGAGUGACGGUUAUCCUUCUCAGAAAGGGAUCACAUAUGAUGCACAGGCUGCACUUGAUCAUCUAGUUCAGAGGAAGGACAUUGACACAUCCAGGAUAGUUGUCUUUGGAAGAUCUUUAGGAGGUGCUGUUGGAGCAGUUCUUGCAAAAAAUAAUCCUGACAAGGUGGCUGCUCUAAUACUUGAAAAUACAUUUACAUCUAUAUUGGAUAUGGCUGGUAUCAUGCUUCCCUUCUUAAGAUGGUUCAUAGGUGGCAGCUCUUCUAAAGGUCCAAAACUUCUGAACUGUGUUGUUCGUUCUCCAUGGAGUACACUCGAUAUUGUUGCAGAGGUCAAACAACCCAUUCUCUUCCUUUCUGGAUUGCAAGAUGAACUGGUCCCCCCAUCACACAUGAGGAUGCUAUAUGACAAAGCUUUUGAACAUAACAGAAAUUGUAGAUUUGUUGAUUUUCCUAGAGGUAUGCAUAUGGAUACCUGGAUUUCUGGAGGGGACCGUUACUGGAGGACAAUCCAAUUGUUUUUGGAUCAAUAUGCUCCAGAAGUACAGAGUUGUGAUGGCAGCUGCAAAAGUGAGAUCGCUGAGGAUGAUGAAGCUGCUGAAUGACUGACACAUCUGGAGCAGACUUGUUUUUCGAAGCUCCAGUUUUUUCUGGUGUUGAUGCAAUUUCAAUCACCUAUGAACUUCAAAGCUCACUGCAAACAAUUAAUUCAGGCAAUUGUUCUGCUUCAUUCCACCCGAAGAAGCCGAAGCUGUGAAUAUUUUCUGAGGAUACUGCUACAUUUGUCCCUAGAACCUGAAAGAUUUCUCAGUGGAUUUGUCCUUGAACUGAAUAUAUCCUAUUGAUUGAAUGUAUGAAUUGCCAUUUUCCUUCACUAGAACUAGUAUCAGAACAUGCCUCAACCAUUUGUUCUUGUGAUUUUGACUGUUGCUACCAACGUGGUUUCUUUUUUCUUUC